AUUUGUCACGCAACCCCGAUCGAUAAACUAGAUUUUAUCUUGUCAUGCCUCAUUUUGUCCAGUAACUCUGUAUGUUUAUGACGAUCUGGUUUAUUUUGUGGUUCAUGACAUAAUCUAGUGAAAAAUGUAAAUAAUGAAGGUGUAUCCUGGAGUUUAUCAGAGGAAUGGGGUAAAAAAUGAUAAUAAGAAAAAUGACGGUGGUAUCUCUCUGUUUGCAACGAGCUUGCGGCAUCAGACUACGGAAUUUUUCAACAAUUCUUCUCUCCAUGGCGUCCGGUAUAUUGCUGAGAAGGACCGACCAUUUUGUGAGAAAUUUAUGUGGUUUAGUUUCUGCGCGGUAGGAGCGGUGACCACAUGUAUAAUCAUUGUCAGUUUAUGGGAGAAAUUUCAAACUAACCCGACGAUAACAGGUUUGGACACGGAUUUUCACAACUGGGAGGUGCCAUUCCCGGCGGUCACAAUCUGUGAUAUAAAUCCGGUCGAUGAAGAACAGCUGCAACAAUAUAUUAACGAGACAUGGGGAGACACUCCUCCCUCUCACGCGGCAGACAUGCUCCGCUGGCUUGCGACUCUCAGCUAUCCCACAAUAAAAGAGCGCAGUAAACAAUUCGCCAUAGACCCGGAGCUGAUCGGUCGAGGAUCUGACGUCAUGUCUCCACCAGCCGCAGAUCCUAAGACGGCUGUUUAUAGGAUUGUUCGUCAUCCAGAUUCCUUGUUCUACGAAUGCGAAUGGAAGGGCGAUUCUGAAGAAUGCUACGAUCUGCUGGCGCCUGUCUUCACCGAGAUGGGGUUCUGUUACGCGUUUAAUUCGAGGCAUGCUGAGACUACUUGGCCAUGGCAAUCUCAAACUGAAUCGGAGCCAUUCUCUGAGGCCUUUAUCCACGAGACAGACGCCAAAUGGUCCUUCCUGUUCAACUCGUACCGCAACGACACUAUCAUUGAUAUUUACAUCCACGCAACCGAAGAGAUGGCGGGCCUAGAACAAAGUGCCCAACACUCCUGGGACCGUCGCGUAGAAAAGGUUUCCUUCUCCGUGAAACACACAUACACGACAGAGGACGCACGGCAGCUGUCGGUACGUCAGAGGCGCUGCGUUUUCGCCGACGAACAGAAACUGGAGACCUCGAAUAUAUACACUUACUCGGCCUGUAUGAGACAGUGUCGUAUGCAGCAGUGCAGGGCCGCUUGUAAAUGCGUGCCGCAUUUCUACCCUAAAAUAGAUGGCUACCGACAUUGCACAGUGUUGGAGCUACAGUGUAUCGCGGAGCACGUUGAUUCCAUAACAGACGUAUCCUGGUGCAAUUGCGAGCUGGGUUGCUCGCACACGGUGUACGAAGUGGAGAAACUGACUGAAGUAGAUACGAGCAAAGGACCGAUGUCGACUACGUCAUUGGAGACGGAAUUCGUAUCUUGGCCCAUGGUGCGAUACAAACGUGAAGUGUUGUUCGGCUGGGUCGAUUUGUUGGUAUCUUUCGGCGGCAUCGCCGGCCUUUUUCUCGGUUUCUCCUUACUAUCGGGAGUGGAGCUUAUCUACUUUUUCACUCUUCGAGCCUGGUGUGCCGCUGUGAGAGACAGAGAAACACUGAAACGUGAGCGGGCGGAGCGGCUAGCUCGCCCGAAGCCGCCUUACGACCUUAGCUUAGUGCCAUGGUGGAAUCAACCUCCAGCGCCUCGCAGCGCGCGUCCGCUCCUCGUGAGGAGCAAGGACCAGCCACCACAGUAUUCUCCACCGCCUGGUUACACUACAUUCUUACCUUAGAGGAUGCAGGACGUUAUGUGGUCCUCGCCUGCUUUUAAUACUAUUCUGAUUAAAGUUGC